AUGACAUUUAUACCCAAAGCCACCUGGCACUGGCGCCGUAUUCACGUAAUUACAUCACAUAACUGAGGGCAAGGAUGUAAUUUAAGAAUGUUCAUCACCUCCUUCCUCUGUCUGGUUUCUCCAGAGGGAAACAAAAUCAGAUCUGCUAAAAUCCCCAAAUUCAAUUUCAAAAUUUUCGAACCCUAGCUUUUUUCUUUUUGCAAUUGGGUCCCUACAUCUUCAAAUCGGGAUCGGAACCUCUCGAAUCGGAUGGGCGAUUUCAACCUCGCUCUCGUGAUCGUAGCGAUCGUCGUCUGCGUCAUCGUCUUCAUCUCUAGCGUCUACCUCCUCGUCAACUACCAGCAUCCAGACGAUGCGAACCAGGCGUAUUUCCCCAAGUUCGUCGUCGUCUUCGGCCUCUCCAUUGCCAUGAUCUCGAUCCUCAUGCUGCCGGCUGACGUGGCGAAUCGGCACGCUUGUAGGCACGCGAUUUACAACGGAGCGUGUAAUCUGACGUUGCCUAUGAAGGAUCUUUGGCUUGCGGUUUACAUUGUUGACGCUAUCCUCGUGUUCUUUGUUAUCCCUUUCGCUAUGUUUUUCUAUGAAGGGGACCAGGAGAAGACUAUGGGGAAAAGGAUUAAAAGUGCCUUGCUUUGGGUGGUAAGCACGGCUGUUGUUUGUGCUCUGGUGCUCGGAAUCUUAUACGGUGUUAUUGGAAAGGUGGAUUUCUCUGUCAGGCACUUGGCUUCUGGCACGACCUCUUUCCCUACUUCCUGGCAAUUUUCAAAUAAUCAACCAUGUAUUGGUAACACCGCCCGCCAGUGCUCAGCAUUUACAGCUAGCGUCGCAUCUGAGAAAACGUGGACCAUGCGUACUACUUUCCCAGAAUACGUUGUUGCUCUUGCUACCAUUGUUGGUUCAGUUCUUUUCACGAUAUUUGGUGGCGUUGGUAUUGCCUGCCUACCAUUAGGACUUAUCACUGCAUUCAUCCGGCGACCAAAGGCUGUUAUCACUCGAUCACAAUAUAUAAAGGAAGCAACUGAGCUAGGGAAAAAGGCUAGAGAACUAAAGAAAGCAGCCGAUGGACUUCGUCAGGAAGAAAAAGGUGGUGCUAAGGGCAGGGCAUGGAGGAAAAAUGUUAAAGCAGUUGAAAAGGAGUUGCUCCAAUUGGAGGAAGAUGUGAACCUCUUAGAAGAAGCGUAUCCUCAAGGAGAGAAGGUAAGACGAGUGUAUUUCUUACAACUAUAUCUACAUUCUUUGUGUUAUUUAACUAUUCUAUGGCUUUUUUUUCAGGCAGAAACUGCCUGGGCUUUCACUGUACUAGGAUACUUGGCCAAGUUUAUUCUUGGAAUCAUAGGAUUGAUCGUUUCUAUUGCAUGGGUGGCACACAUCAUCAUAUAUCUACUUGUCGACCCUCCUCUUUCCCCUUUUCUUAACGAGGUUUUUAUUAAGCUUGAUGACGUUUGGGGUCUUCUUGGCACUGCUGCCUUUGCUUUCUUCUGUUUCUACCUUCUACUCGCUGUUAUCGCUGGGGCAAUGAUGCUGGGUUUGAAGCUUGUCUUCAUCACCAUUCAUCCCAUGAAAUGGGGAGCUACUUUAAUGAACUCUUUCCUCUUCAAUGUUGGCCUCAUUCUUCUUUGUUCAAUCAGUGUGAUUCAAUUCUGCGCCACUGCAUUUGGAUACUACGCUCAAGCCACUGCUGCCCAGGAGAUCUUUGGCCACACGUUGCAGUCACUCCGAGGAAUCAAGUACCUCUACAAGUACAACGUGUUCCAAAUCGGGUUUGUUAUCCUGGCUGGAUUGACCUUCCUGUACUACAUUGCUUUCGGAUGGAGAAGAAAGAAACCUAGCGCCCGUUUCCAGCUCUCUUCUUAAUGUAAAAAUGUUUCCCUUCCACUGGGGGAUCUGAUUGAGUGCUGUCCACACAAAAGUGUCUGAUUUGUUUUCGGAUCAUACCGGAAGUACCUGGAGACUCUGCUUGUGCUUAUGAGUUUUUUUUUCUUCCUUUUUAAUAUUUUUUAUCAUUAUUUUUAUUAUGUAUUUACUGUCUGAUUGUGUAACUGUUAGCUGUCCUGUCUUGGUCUUGGUUUAUUGUAUGGUACUCUCUUCUGAUGCGAGAUUAUGUAAUGAGAAGCCUUUCAUUUCA